AUGGAGCUGGGCUUCUGGCUCGUCUUCGGACUUACGGUGACAUCGUCCGCAGGGCUCUCGCCGUCCGGGCCGGGCCCCGGGGACGGCGAGGAGGGCGAGGCGGCGGAGGCUGGAGGAGGAGGAGGAGGAGGAAGAGGAGGAGGAGCAGUAGCAGCAGGAGCAGCAGGAGCAUCCCUGGGGAGCGCAGCCCGGCCAGGCCCGCAGGCCCCGCGCCCCAGAGCCAGGCGCUGCACUUGCUAUACCUACAAGGACAAGGAGUGCGUCUACUACUGCCAUCUGGACAUCAUCUGGAUCAACACCCCAGAACGGACUGUACCAUAUGGGCUCUCCAACUUCAGGGGAGAUUUCAGAGGCAAAAGAUCUACGGGCCAGCUUCACAGUUCACAGACUUAUGAAGGGCCAUUGUUUCGGUGUGCUUGUGAGGAGAAAAAUGAUGAACCCUGCAUGCAUUUUUGCACGAGAAUCCAGGACAUCAGAGGAAAUACAAGGAUGGGAGAGGAACAUCAAGACAUGAAAAGCCAACAGACACUGUUGCAGUAGUUCUAACAGCUUAAUUGGUUUAUUUACUGAAGUCAAGACAAUGGAAACUAGACUAUAUAUUCCAUAAGAGAUAUGUAGAAUGUUUAGAGCAGUCUGUCCAUGGAUUACUCAUUGGCAUUUAUGUUUUGCUUCCAUUCAUGACACCUGGAGGAUUUGGGAAGUGGUGUGAAGAAUCAGCAGUUCCUAAUCACCAACUGCUCUGACCAUUUGGACAAUAUCUGAUCCUAAGAAGAGGCAUAUGCUUCAACCAGAAAGCCUGCCAAAAUUUCAUUGUCUAGCUAAUACAUCAAAAUCCAGAGAAAAGUAAAUUCAAACACCAGUAGUCUUCAAAUUGGUAAACUAUAGCCAGAUGUACUUUCCAGGAUAUAACAACCUCAGCUGUGGUUUCACAGAAGAAGUUGUGCUGGAAGAAGUGUGAAAGCUAAGAAAACAAUUUGAAUUGUACAUGAAUUCACAUUGGGAAUCAAUAGCUAGCCAACUGAUUAUUUGUAAAUGUAAACAAAUAUCCAUUUAUUGUAAUAAAUGUCAAGUAUCUGUGCAGAAAAUAUAUGGCUGAUAUUUGUAUCUUAAAAUGUAGUGAGCUAACAGUAUACUGACUGAACAAUUCAAUAAUUUGCCCAAUUUAGCUAUCUGUUUAUCUGCCUGAAAAGUUGCAAUUUAGAAAUUCACAGUAGAAGAAAACUAGGAUUAUGCUAUUGGUUUUCCACAGAAAGAAUGUAUUUAAGGAAGAAAUUGAUUAUUUUGGAGGUUAAAAGAAAUACUCUACUUUAUAAAUAAUAAGCUUUUCCAUUGGAAGAUUACACAGAAUACAUAGCACUGAUGUUCUUAAGAAACCGGCUGUGAGAAGCAUAUUGACCUAAGGAUGUGGUUGAAAUCUUGAUUUCAUGCAUAAACAUGGAUCUUUUGAGAGAAACUAUCAAAUAAGCCAAAAAAACCCACUUUGUAUAUGAUGUAAAUUUAUUUAAUUAAAAAAUAAGGAUUGUAAAUCAUAGAAUUAACAAAUCUAUUUCCGCUGAGAUCUUCAUGCAGGAUUCUUUCACUGUGAGUAUUUUAAAGUAUAAAUUAUGCAAUAGAACAUAUUUUGUCAUUGAGACCCCCCCAAAAAUAACUACCUGCCUCCUUCUGAAUAAAUACAACUGAAAUUGAGCUUAUACUGGCCUACUCAAGGAGUGAUAAAUUCAAUAUGAUUAAACAAAGGGAGUUUUGUUAUCCAAAUUGUAUAUUAUUUCAUAAGUUAUUAUAGUUAUAAAAGUAAAUAUCAUUAUCAUGGUUAAACUGAGAAGUUUUGGGUUUUCUGGCAGGAUUUUGUACAUUUUAAAGAGGCAAAGUAUUUAUUGUGGAAACUUCAUUAUUCAAUUGCUUUUGGUGGAUUUUUUCAAGGUAAAGUCAUUGUAUAUUUAAGAAACUAUUUUUGUUUUGAAUCCAAAAUAAAAAUUAAUUAAAAAUCAUUUGUGCAUAUG